ACCCUUAGAGACUGUCACCCACCCCUCAAAGCACAGACAACAAAAGAAAUCACACUGAAAGCAAACCAGGAGGCCUCAAACUGCUGUGAUGUUUGCCAGGAUGUCUGAGCUCCGGGUUCUGCUGUUGAUUGUCCUGAUGGGAAAGUGUGCAGCCGGGCAUGUGCAGGCCAUGGCUCCCUCAUUCCUGACAGCAAGCCUAACGAGAGCAAGGACCCUCACGGAAGACUGACUCUAGUAUAGUCCAGCUCCAGAACUCAUUGGCAUUGUGGACAAUUUAAUCUCUGCAAACCUGUUUUCUCACCUCCAGAAUGGACAAAAUUAUAGUACCUGACUCAUCGAGCAUGUUCUUCUUGAAGCCAUUCCCCGAAGACCUGGACCCAGAUUGGACUCCUGACUUCUAUGACUACAGCUACGAGGAAAAUAUCCAGGAAGAGAAAGCCAAUACUUCACUGGCCUACUCUGAGAAUCCUGACUGGUAUUAUGCAGAUGAUGAUCCGUGCCAGUCCAACCCUUGUGAACAUGGUGGGAGCUGUGUCAUCAGCAGGGACACCUUCAGGUGCAGCUGUCAGCCCCCCUUCUCUGGGAACAGGUGUCAGAACGUGAAAACCAAGUGCAGGAACAACCCAUGUGGCCAGGGCGAAUGUCUCAUUACCCAAAGUCCUCCCUACUACCGCUGUGCCUGCAAACAUCCUUACACGGGUCCAGACUGUUCCAGAGUGCUUCCGGUGUGCCGGCCAAAUCCCUGCCAGAAUGGCGGCAUCUGCUCACGCCAUCGGCGGAGAUCCAAAUUCAGCUGUACCUGUCCUGACCAAUUCAAGGGAAGAUACUGUGAAAUAGGUUCUGAUGACUGCUAUGUUGGUGAUGGCUACUCUUACCGUGGCAGAGUGAGCAGGACAGUCAACCACCACACGUGUCUGCCCUGGAACUCCCACCUCCUUGUGCAGGAGAAUUACAACAUGUUCAUGGAGGACGCUGAGAACCACGGGAUCGGGGAGCACAACUUCUGCAGAAACCCAGACGGAGACCAAAAGCCCUGGUGUUUUAUCAAAGCUAACAGUGAUACGGUGAAGUGGGAGUACUGUGAUGUCUCCGCUUGCUCGGCUCUAGACACUGCCAACCCAGAGCAGAGUCCCAUGGAGUCCCCGGUCCAGCGUUUGGGGUUUGACUCCUGCGGGAGGACAGAAGUUGUAGAGAGGAAGAUCAAGAGGAUCUAUGGAGGCUUUAAGAGCACAGCGGGCAAGCACCCAUGGCAGGCAUCGCUGCAGACCUCGGGGCCUCUGGCCACCACCAUGCCCCAAGGCCACUUCUGCGGGGGCUCACUGAUCCACCCCUGCUGGGUGCUCACUGCUGCCCACUGCACCGACAUAAAGACCAAACAUCUAAAAGUUGUGCUGGGGGACCAGGACCUGAUGAAGACAGAAUUCCAUGAGCAGACCUUCAGAGUGGAGAAGAUAAUCAAGUACAACGACUACAAUGAAAGAGACGAGAUUCCACACAACGACAUUGCUUUGCUCAAGUUAAAACCGGUGGAUGGGCACUGUGCUCUGGAAUCCAAAUACGUGAAGACUGUUUGUUUGCCUGAUGAUUCCUUUCCCUCAGGGACUGAGUGUCACAUCUCUGGCUGGGGAGUGACAGAAACAGGGGAAGGGUCCCGGCAGCUUCUGGAUGCCAAAGUCAAGCUGAUCGCCAACACCUUGUGCAACUCCCGAAGACUCUAUGACCAAACGAUCGAUGCCAGUAUGAUUUGUGCAGGGAACCUACAGAAGCCUGGGCAAGACACCUGCCAGGGUGACUCUGGAGGUCCUCUGACCUGUGAGAAGAAUGGCAUCUAUUAUGUCUAUGGGAUUGUGAGCUGGGGCCAGGAAUGUGGGAAAAAGCCAGGGGUCUACACCCAAGUUACCAAGUUCCUGAACUGGAUCAAAGCCACCAUGCAAAAGGAGGCUGUCUGAAGUCCUGGAACCUCAGAGCCUGUCCUCUUCUGCACCAGACUAAGUGGACCGCAUGGGCAGUGAGGAACACCCCCUGGAGUCCCCAGGAGGCCACAUAGCAGAGUGAGUCACUCUGGGCAGAGACACCUGCUACCCACCCUGGUCCUGAUGGCCGGCAUCCACACCACUUCCCUCUGCCUUCAUGGGGAGCCCAGGAAUGAUGCACUCAACACCGGAUGCAUCUGCAUUAGCUUUGCUUCCCUUCAGACAACUGUACCUUCUAGAAAAUCAGUGUU